AUCUUUUGUGUUUCCAAUCAGUUCAUGAAUACACUAGACUGUUAAUCUAGGACCAGAGGAAAUGUCCAAUUCACAAAAGUAGUAUGUUCCAAAACUUUGGGAGUUGGUUGUUUUGGGAACUCAGGAUAUAUUUUCCUUCAAUAAAUAACAUUAUAAAUGAUGGUGAGGUUUCCUAACCAGCCCCACAAAAGUCUUAAUUCAUAACGUUGUUGAAGCUCUGUGCUUUUCCAGUAAAAAUUAGUAGAGAGCAAUUUUGUCGGAAUAGUAGUAAACAAACCCAAAUAUUGAAGACGUAUUCUCCUUUAUCCCGAAUUCUAUUUAACAUAACAACCAUUUCAAGGAAAGAAGACAAGAGGAAAGAUGGAGACUUUCUAUGGAGAGACUUCUGCUUGCAAGAAUUUUGGAAGCUGAUAGCAGCGGUCUGUUAUUUUGUCUGCCCACAUUUUCCUUCAUAUAGGCAUGACUCAAAGAAGCCAGGAAGAGGGUAGAUUGGGUAGCAAGAUAGCAAAGGAUGCAGAAGGAAAAGCAAAAAGUUUGAAAGAGAUUUCCUUGAUGAGACUCAAGCAGUUUUUAUGAGGAGAUUGCCAAAAUAGGUAUUAGUUGAUUUGUCAAGGAAAUUGAGAAGAGGGCAGGGGACCCAAUAUUAGUGCCCCAGGCCCUGGAGUCAGGAAGAGUCCACUAUGUGGUCAGACAGUUCCCUCUCCGACCAGAAGGUGGUGCCAUCAGCCCAGACAGGCAGCCCCAAGGGGGCGGGGUGUGCAGUAGGAGGAGCUCUCCACGUGGAAGCCACGUUUUCCACUCAGGCUCUGGAACUCGCAGAAAGCCUGGACCAGACAGCGUGUACCAACCUACACAUCACUGCCUCAUCACCGAACAAGUGUUCCCACCCUCCACGGCCCCGCCUGCUUGCCCCUGAAAGAACACCUCUGUCCUGCAGGCCUCAAAACCCACAUCAAGAUUCCAACUAAUUACUUCCCAUUCCUCUCUCCCACCUCCCCCCUCACCACGACAGCACUGGACCCCUCUGUUUCCUAAUUCCAAAGGGGAAGCUAGUCUAAGAGCAUGCUGGAGUCUCAUCCUUAAAUGCCAUCACAAUGACAGAACAAGAUCUUCCACAUGGUGAGCACAGAUUUGUCCCAAGGCCUUAACAACAGGGUCCCAGAUGCCCUCGCCAGUUUUGUCUCCUACUUUAACUCUGAACUGAGAACCCCUAUUCCUGAUGCAAAUCCCACAGUGGCUCCUCCAUUCACUGACUCCCGCUGGUCCUCCCUCCUGUGAUGCCCUCUCUUUUUUCCUUACCUCUACUUGUCAGUAUCCUCUCCCGCCUUUCAAAGUCUAACCAAAUAUCCUCUCCCCCCCCCCCCCCCCCAGAAAAAACCUACUAACUGUUUAACUGAAUUUAACUGGUGAAUCAGAGAGGAAAACAUGGAUCCUGGGCAUCAACCACAGGAGGCCUGGGAUGUCACCGGGCAGGCUGCCUCACUGCCCCCACUGCUGGUUGGGUCUUAAACUGAGGAGGGCCCAGACAGCCAGACUCUCCGCCGAAGCUUGGGACAACACCAGCCAGUCUGUCCUUGCUCCUCCCAAGUCCCAGUUCCCACGUAGGGUGGACUCAGGUCUAGAGAGACACCAAAGCCACAAACUCAGUGUGUGGUGCCGUGUCUGUUCUCAAUUCAUGUUAGCUUUAUAAUAAUAAAAUCAUUACUGUCCCCUCCCCACCCCCACUCUCAUCAGCCACAAUCUGCCAAACUAGGCCAGAGUUCUAGAGCUAAAAAAAAUGAAGGCGGGGGUGGUCACAAGGUCACCAGUCUGGUCUCCCCUCCCAGCUUUCACCCCAGGCCACAGGCCUGGGGUAGUUGUUCCAGCAAACUGCCUACUGGUUCCGCAGAAUUUUCUCAGCUCCGAUGAGACUGAAUGGGAUGGGCAUUCUCCUCUGGAUGUUUGGCCCUAGCCAAGUGGCCUGGAGAUGAAACGUUUAAGAAUGAGUACCUGUCCUUGCAACACCUGGAAAUCUAACUACUACUUUUCACUUAGUUCUAAAGAGGCAGUUGGCUCAGGUGGGAGACAGGAAUGUCCCCUGUGAAAGUGGAGCAAAUGAUUACUUAAAUUAUGCAGGUCCCCUGAGGGCAGCCCCAAGGCCCUGGGGCACAAGGCAGUGCCUAGCCAAAGGCAGUGGGGAGGCAGGAGCCUGGAGACCUGCCAUCUGCCUCCCUACUGUUCCAGGUGCCCUGGGAGCCUUCUAUCAGGUAGACUCACAGUGUCUGCAUCCAGCAAAGGUGGGCUUGCUCCCGCCCCCUGGACCUCUUCUGUUUCUGUUGCUCAAAGCACCAAGAGACCAGACACCUUUUUAAAUGCCAACACUGCUCAUGUUCUCACCUACAAAAGAGGCUUCAUGAAAGGAAAGCCUACCCAGGAAAUUCGGGGGCUUCUGGAGUUCCUGAAGAGGCUGGAAUGACACUGUCUGUUAUGUUCUGUCUUUUAAGAAUCUCCAGGAGAAUGUUUUUCAUAAAUUAAUAAAGGAAGCUAAGUUAACUAUGCAAACAAAAGCAGGGUGGGAAAUGCGAACCACCCAUUUUAAUGCACUUGGACCCCACCUCCUUCCACAAAAGAUCUGAGGCUGCACAAAGUAAUUGCUAUUGGAAUCAUGGGCAUAAGUGCUCGGUUUCUUGUCACGGCUGCAGACUCAAACCUUCAAAGUGACCAUUUAUUGGGGCUCUGAAAGUCGGGCGGGGAUGGUGGACUGCCCACUCCGAAGGCGCCCUCCCCACCCCCUCCUCUCAGACUCCAGACUCAGGGCCGCUCGACGCGCCGGACAGCUGCGGCCAGCGACUGCCACCCAGGCCUCCCGCCUCCGCAUUCCCUACGCCCGAGUGCAGGCGGGACCCUGGAAGGAAGCUCGGGAGGCCCUACGGCGGCCGCGAGACGACCUGGCCCCCGCGUCUCCGCACCCCCUCCCCCAACCGUGUCACAUGGCGGCCCCAACGAGGCGCGCAGUGCGUCCCGCCGCGGAGACCCUGGGCCGCGUCGCCGCGGGCGGUGGGUGAUGAAACCUCCCCGGCGCAUUACCGCAGAGGGCGCGGGCGGGAGGCGGGGUGGGGGUGAGGGGUGGGAGCUGGUACCCGAGCUCACCUGUUCUCCGGGAGGCGGGUGGGGACGGCGGGGGAGGGGCGAGGGCGGGCCAACCCGGGUGAGUGCGUGCGGCGGGGCGCACGGCCGCGGCGCUCGGGUCCCCGCCCUCCCCCAGCCGCGCGAGCCCCCGGAGCUGCGCCGUCGGACUGACGGUGCCCAGAGCAGUUCCUGUCCCCGGCCCCGGCGCCGGGGAGACGUGAGCGUGCACACGUACACACACAGCGGGGGAAGAGGCGCUCCGAGCGGCGCCCAACUUUCUCCCAGCUUCCGCGGGCCACGGGAGAAAGCAGCCGGGGCGAUGCAGCCCCGGCCGCGCUUGCGGAGGAAGCUCCAACAAGAAAGAAGAGAUGGAGAGAAUUUCCCCGGGUUUGGUUUUGGGGGGUUGUUUUUGUUUUUGUUUUAACCAUUUACAUCGAUGAUUGGAGAGUAAAAGGAACCCGGACCAGGGCGGCGAGUAGCGCUUUGGGAAGAGUGUGUUUGGAGACGCGUAAAGUUGCCUUUCAAGCUCCGACCUCCAGGGCAAGCGAUGCUCCGCGGAGGGCUGACUCAGGGCUGCCUGGGCCUCACAGCCACCCGCCUGGAAAUGAUGCAAGUCCAGUCGGUCACCUGGAUCCCUGCAGCCCGGCCCGGAAUCCGUCUGGAUUGGGGGAGGAGCGAGGAAAUGGCACCCUAGGUGUUGCACGGCCCACCAAAUCGGAGCAAAAAGAAGGGGGGAAGAUGGGCCAGCUGCUCAGGCCAAGUCCUGUAUCUAGUGUUUCUGCGCCUAUCUGAGUUUGAGAGUUGUGGUGGUGUUUUUUUUGUUUUUGUUUUUUUUUUUUCUUAAUGCAAAUAGUCACAAAGACAGGAAUUCCCAUAUGUGCUCAGUUUGCCCCCAGCGUCACUGUGCCCAAGAGACUCCCAAUCUGUCAAGGCUCGGGGUUGGGAAGCUCACUCAAUUCCAAACGACAGAAAGGAAACUUUCCCAGCACUCUGCGGGUGUGAUGCGAGCCAGGGAACGCUGUCCCAGCGCAGAUCGUCGCCUCCCGCCCUUCUUUAGCUACAAUCGGAGCUGGGAUUCACUUUUAUUUUUUUAAAGUGCCUUCGGCCAUAGCUCUGGAGCAUCAGCACACGCGCACGCAUCUUCGGCCGCGCUCACACUCGUACACGCACGCAAACGCGUGGCCGCCGCCAGGUCGGCAACUUUGUCGGGCGCUCCCAGCGGCGCUCCGCUUCCUCCUGUAGUAGUUGGGCGCAGGCCCCGCCUCCCAGCCGUGUUGUCAAACGGGCCGGGGUCUCGGAUUGGUCCAGCCGCUGGGACAACACCUGCUCGACUCCUUCAUUCAAGUGACACCAGAGCUUCCAGGGAUAUUUGAGGCACCAUCCCUGCCAUUGCCGGGCACUCGCGGCGCCGCUAACGGCCUGGUCACAUGCUCUCCAGAGAGCUACGGGAGGGCGCUGGGUAACCUCUAUCCGAGCCGCGGCCGCGAGGAGGAGGGAAAAGGCGAGCAAGGAGGAAGAGUGGGAGGAGGAGGGGAAGCGGCCAAGGAGGAGGAAGAGGCGGAGGGGAGCACAAAGAAUCCAGGUCUCCGGGAGGGAGGUUUAUACCAAGAACCAUGUGUGCCGAGCGGCUGGGCCAGUUCGUGACCCUGGCUUUGGUAUUGGCCACCUUCGACCCGGCGCGGGGGACCGACGCCACCAACCCGCCGGAGGGUCCCCAAGACAGGGGCUCCCAGCAGAAAGGCCGCCUGUCCCUGCAGAACACAGCGGAAAUCCAGCACUGUUUGGUCAACGCUGGCGAUGUGGGGUGUGGUGUGUUUGAAUGUUUCGAGAACAACUCUUGUGAGAUUCGAGGCUUACAUGGGAUUUGCAUGACUUUUCUGCACAACGCUGGAAAAUUUGAUGCCCAGGGCAAGUCAUUUAUCAAAGAGGCCUUGAAGUGCAAGGCCCAUGCUCUGCGGCACAGAUUCGGCUGCAUAAGCCGGAAGUGCCCAGCCAUUAAGGAAAUGGUGUUCCAGUUACAACGGGAGUGCUACCUCAAACACGAUCUGUGCUCUGCCGCCCAGGAGAACACCCGAGUCAUGGUGGAGAUGAUUCACUUCAAGGACUUGCUGCUGCACGAACCCUACGUGGACCUGGUGAACCUACUGCUGACCUGUGGGGAGGAGGUGAAGGAGGCCAUCACCCACAGCGUUCAGGCUCAGUGUGAGCAGAACUGGGGAAGCCUGUGCUCCAUCUUGAGUUUCUGCACCUCAGCCAUCCAGAGGCCUCCCACGGUGCCCCCUGAGCGCCAGCUCCAGGUGGACAGAGCCAAGCUCUCUAGGGCGCACCACGGAGACACAGGUCACCACCUCUCGGAAGCCAGUAGUCGGGAGACGGGCCGAGGUGUCAAGGGUGAGCGAGGUAGCAAAAGCCACCCAAACGCUCAUGCCCGGGGCAGAGCAGCCGGCCACGGGGGCCAGGGAACUUCUGGAAGCAGCGAGUGGGAGGAGGAACAGUCUGAAUACUCCGAUAUCCGGAGGUGAAACGAAAGGCUUGGCCGGGAAAUCUUUCCUCCAUGCCGUCCAUUUUCUUCUCUAUGGACAUUCCAGAACAUUUGCCAUUAAAGAGGGGGGAUGUCACACGCAGGAUUUGGUGGGGAUUGCGGACUUGAUGAAGGCGUGUGCUAGCGGAACGAACAGGUGAGGCGGAGACGGCCUGGGCAGCGGCGAGGUCUCGGCUAUGCCCGGUGGGUUCCACACUUGCACAUCCUGAAGUGAGCGUGCCUCGCAGCCUCCUUGCAACUUUGUCUUCUUUCCAACCGUGGAGCCACUGGGCGGCGGCCUGCGGUUUGCUCUGCUGUGGGGGAGGUGGGCCAGGGAAGGGCAGGGGUCGGCAGGCCCACCAGCUAGACCUCGCACUUGGCGCUGGGCCCCGGCCCGCAUCUUCCGGUGCUGUCUUGGCAGAGGGCGGCUGGAUUCGGAUGCAGGGGUGAAUGUAAAAAUCGAGCUGGGAGUCAGAAGGGUGGAGAGGAGACAGGGCCGUGUGGGUGCUUGGUGCCGAACGGAAAUUCCGUUUCUUGCAUGGGACCUUGAGGUUUAGAGCUGCUUGGGACGGGGAGGGCAAGGGUUCUACGUGUAAGUUCUGAGCCAUUGUUCUGUCUGGGGGACCAUGUCCGAGGGAGUGGCCCCUGUGUGUUUGUAUAUUAACCACUGCUUCAAAUCUCUAUUUCACUUUUUUAUUUAUCCAGUUACAUCUACAUACCUGUCGUCUAAAUAAAUGGCUUUCAAACAAAGCAACUGGGUCAUUAAAACCAACUCAAAGGAAAAAGAAAUACAGCCCAUCUUUGGGGGCUGCGUUUUUUUUUUCUUUUGAGUGAUAUUUUAAAAGGAAUCAAAGAACAGUGUACCUGUACAUCUAACUGCCUGGCGUGGGCUUCUAGCCACUUAGGGCAAACCACACACCCGGAGGAAAAUGCACACACGAGGAGUACAUUUGACAGAUUUUCUUUACCAUUUUGUUACCUCUCCUUGACCCUCAGCCAAGAUCGAUAAAGCCCUGUACCCGAUGCCAUGAAGCCAAGUUGGAAACGUGGCUUCUGGGUUUAGAGCAUGGAAAGGGAGAGAAGAGAACCAGAUGACUGUGAUUUCCAGCGAGAAAUGCUGAGCUUUUUUACAUAAAUGGAGGAGACCGCCAGGAAGCACUGAGAGACAGGAUUUUCCAGAUCCGGACUGGAAAUUUAGCAACGAAGAAAAGAGUCCGAGUGGACAAAAGAAAGACAGAGAGAAGGGACAGAAGUAAAAUUCCAAGGCAAGGAGGGAGAGGAUAAUAAUAAAGGGUCAGCGCUGGGGUUCUUGUGAUUGUUCAAAAUGUUCCAUAGAUAGGCCUUUUCUUUCCCACUGGGUUAUCACAUUAAAGCUUAUCCUUUCUUGCAGCCAGUACUCAAAUAGAAGGCCAGUAUUACAAAGAAUAGACGGGUGUUCUGGGCCAGCUCCUUCUAGAGCAACGGUCAGCAAACUCUUUCUGUAAAAGUCCAGAUAGUAAAUACACUAUUUUCAGUUUGGUGGGUCAUGUGGUUUCUGUCCCAAAGACUCAACUCUGCCAUUAUAGCAUGAAAGCAGGCAUACAGAGACAACACAUAACAAAGGGGUUUGGCUCCACUCCGGUAACAGGUGCCCAACUGGAUUUGGCUCUUGGGCCUGAGUGUUCUGACCCCCGUUCUAGUGAGUUGGCAAAAAAGGAAGCAUCCUCCAUUUAUAUCAGCUUAUAGCUCUCCCUCAAAGCAACCUGAGGCCAGAGAUAGAGAAGCUAAAUUUAUCUACUCUAACAUAACUUGUUCCAGGGAAUGCCCUGACCCCAACCCAGCUAGUAUUUAUAUACCCCAAAUCCAAUCUCCUUGGUUCCAGCCUCCGGCUGGAAGGUCAUCUCCCCGAAUCUUUCGUGUGCACGUUGGAAAGAAACCAUUUGGGUAUGGGGGGGGUGGGGGAAGGUGACAAAAUGCUGGGAGAAGCACCUAGAAAGAGCUAGAGCUGUAGGAAGCAGAAAAGAUGGUGCACUUAAGCCAGCUCUGCCUGCGGGGGGAGGAGGAGCCAUGUGUCAGGCUCUGCCAUGGGAACCGAGCGUAAACCAGGGCUGUCUCAUGCCAUGGGCCACUGCAGCACGUUGACUGUUUCACUUACAUCACUCAAAGGCUGAAACAAUAACAUUCUCCCGCGUUGCUGGGUCAGCUGUUCGUUUGUUCAUCGGCUCCUGGGCUGGAUGUGUGAAAGGCAUCGCUUUUAUAUUUUCCUCAGUGUAAAUGUUUUAUGUGUUCGCCUACUGAUGUCCUGUUUGUUGCUUCCAUUGUAAAUAUUUGUCAUUUGUAUUUAUUAUCUCCGUGUUUUCCCCCCAGGCAUCAAAUUGCUUAUUAUGUCCAUUUAAACCCCUUCACUGAUCUCGGUUGUAUAUUUUUCAUUGCCACUGGUUUGUUUCUUCUCAGAAGUCAGGUAGAUCUCCUUUCGUUCUGGUUCGUAAUGUUUCGAGGCAUACGGUAGUAUUUAUUGCUAAGGUUCUUUUGCUCGAAACUGAGUAAAGUCCAAAUUCCUGUAAGGGUUGACAGAGGCAUUUGUACAAUCUAAAAUGUAAGCAAAGAAGUCAUUAAAAAUAGACACUCAGCUUGGGCUUCAUACUUCAUACAAAUUUACUCAUGAGCCUUCCUUUAAGGAAGGAUGUGGAUUUCCAAAUAAAGAUACGGUGUUUAUUUUGAGCUUUGCAUCUUAACAAGAUGAUCUGAACACCUCUCCUUUGUAUCAAUAAAUAGCCCUGUUAUUCUCAAAGGAGAGGACCACCCUAGUACCGCGAAAUGCUGACACCUGACACCAAAUAAAUAGAAAACACCAGCCCAGAGCUGUAGUCAUACUUAGACACACACACGAAGAGAGAAACUUAAACGUGAACCAAGCAAAAGGCUUUUCUAGAACACCAUGGAAAAACAAUGCUACCAGGGCCCAUUUCCUACGGAAGAACAACCUCAUCUGAUCUCAGAAUUGGCACCACGUGAGCUUGCUAAGUCAUAACGUCUCUCUCUGUUACGGAUUUAGGCAGCAGGACCUGUACACUGUCACAUGGCAUUAUUUUUCUCCAAUCAUGAAUAAAGAUUUGAAAU